GUCGCCGCGGGGCGCUCUAUGGCGCGGGCGGGCGGGCUGUCAGCGCGGCGCGCCGGAAGGAAGCGGAGCGGGGCCGGCGGCGGGGCGCGUUGGGGCGCGGGGCGGGGGGGCCAUGGGCGUCCCCAAGUUCUACCGCUGGGUGUCGGAGCGGUACCCGUGCCUCAGCCAGGUGCUGAAGGAGCACCAGAUUCCAGAAUUUGACAACUUGUACCUGGACAUGAAUGGCAUUAUACAUCAGUGUUCACAUCCAAAUGAUGAUGAUGUUCACUUCAGAAUCUCAGAAGAUAAGAUUUUUGCUGAUAUUUUUCACUAUUUGGAAGUACUGUUUCGCAUUAUUAAGCCAAGGAAGGUUUUCUUCAUGGCAGUUGAUGGUGUAGCUCCAAGAGCAAAAAUGAAUCAGCAGCGUGGGAGACGUUUUAGAUCAGCAAAAGAGGCAGAGGACAAAAUAAAAAAGGCAUUAGAAAAGGGAGAAACUCUACCUACUGAAGCCAGAUUUGACUCCAACUGUAUUACACCAGGAACUGAAUUCAUGGCUAGAUUGCAUGAACAUCUUAAAUAUUUCGUCAACAUGAAAAUUUCUACAGACAAAUCCUGGCAGGGAGUAACAGUCUAUUUAUCAGGCCAUGAGACUCCAGGGGAAGGAGAGCAUAAAAUUAUGGAGUUCAUCAGAUCAGAAAAAGCAAAGCCCCAUCAUGAUCCAAACACAAGACACUGUCUCUAUGGCUUAGAUGCUGAUUUGAUUAUGCUGGGAUUAACAAGUCAUGAGGCACACUUUGCGCUCUUAAGAGAAGAAGUCAGAUUUGGUGGUAAAAAAUCUCAAAGAGCAUGUGCACCAGAGGAAACCACAUUUCAUUUACUGCACUUAUCACUGAUGAGAGAAUAUAUUGAUUAUGAAUUUUCACCAGUAAAAGAUAAGAUUCCAUUUGAAUAUGAUAUUGAAAAGAUAAUAGAUGAUUGGAUCUUGAUGGGUUUCCUUGUAGGCAAUGAUUUUAUUCCUCAUCUACCUCAUUUACACAUUAAUCAUGAUGCACUGCCGCUACUUUAUAGAACAUACAUGGCUAUCUUGCCAGAACUGGGAGGUUACAUAAAUGAAAAUGGGCAUCUGAAUUUAAAACGCUUUGAGAAGUAUCUCAUGAGAUUGUCAGAUUUUGAUCGUGAACACUUUAGUGAAGUCUUCGUAGACCUAAAAUGGUUUGAAAGUAAAGUAGGCAAUAAAUACCUCAAUGAGGCAGCUGGUAUUGCAGCAGAAGAAGCCAGAAACAAUAAACAGAAGAAACAGAAGGCUCAGGAAAAUUCUCUAUGUUUGGCUGCAUUAGAAAAAAAUGAAGUUGUGACCUCUAGAACUGUGUUGGAAGAUGAACCAGAAGAUGAUGAUCUGUUUGAAACAGAGUUUAGGCAAUACAAGAGAACUUACUACAUGACUAAAAUGGGCGUGGAAGUAGUUUCUGAUGACUUCCUGGCUGAUCAAGCUGAAUGUUAUGUCCAGGCAAUACAAUGGAUUUUGCAUUAUUAUUACCAUGGAGUUCAGUCAUGGAGCUGGUAUUACCCAUAUCAUUAUGCACCUUAUCUGUCAGAUAUUCGCAACAUCAGUGAACUCGAAAUCAAAUUUGAACUGGGAAAACCUUUCAUGCCAUUUGAACAGCUUCUUGCUGUACUUCCAGCAGCUAGCAAAGACCUAUUACCUAAAUGUUACCAGCAUUUGAUGAUUAGUCAAGACUCUCCUAUUAUAGAAUAUUAUCCACCAGACUUUAAAACUGACCUGAAUGGAAAACAGCAAGAAUGGGAAGCUGUGGUAUUAAUCCCUUUUAUUGAUGAGAGACGACUGCUGCAGGCCAUGGAACCAUGUAAUAAGUACCUAAAAGAAGAGGAGAAACGCAGAAAUACUCACAGUGCCUGCUUAAUGUACUGGUAUGACAAAGAUGCAGAGUUCCAGUACAUGUCUCCUUGGCCAGAGAAAUUUCCUGCAAUUGAAAGGUGUCAUACCAGGUAUAAAACAAUACCUUUGGAUGCUUGGCAUGUAGAAAUUACCCAUAAUCAAAUAACUAAAAUCAACAAGAGUGCAUUAUAUUUUUGUGGAUUUCCUACUUUAAAGCACAUUAAACAUAAGUUCUGUCUUAGAAAAAGUGGUGUGCAGGUGUUUCAGCAAAGCAGCCAUGGAGAAAACAUGAUGUUAGAAAUUGUAACUGAUGAAAACUCAAAAGAUCAAACAGUGGAAAAUGUUGCCAGUUUGAUACUUGGAAAGCUUGUUUUUGUUAACUGGCCACACCUGGAAGAAGCCAGAGUUGUUGCUGUGUCAGAUGGAGAAACCAAGUUCUACUUGGAAGAACCACACGGAACACAGAAGCUCUACAUGGGAAAUGCAGUGCCCCCAACUAAAGUGGCAUAUGUUGGAGAUAAGGAGCAAAGCAUGUGGUUAAAAGAAGUGCAAGGUCUUUCAGAGCAUUACCAGAGAAGAAAAGGAAUAAUUAUUCAUGAAACAUCAAUAGUUGUGUAUGCUCAGUUACUCACUGGCAAUAGAUACCAACUAAACCAAAAUGGUGAAGUGUAUUUGGAGAAGCAGUGGUCAAAACAAGUUCUUCCUUUUGUUUACCAAACUGUUGUCAAGGAUAUCAAAGCCUUUGACUCUCGUUUUUCAAACAUCAAAACUUUGGAUGACUUGUUUCCUCCUGGGAGCACAGCCUUUAUGCUGGGAUCUCCUUACUAUGGCUGCAUGGGAGAAGUUCAAGAUUCACGUGAUGUGAUCCCAGAAGGUAGAAUUCGUGUAGUUUUCAAUAUUCCUUGUGAACCUCAGCUUGAUCCUUUAAUACAGAAUCAGCAUAAAUACUCUGUGAAAUACAAUCCUGCAUAUAUUUUGGCCAGCCGUCUUGGAGUAAGUGGAUAUCUAGUCUCCAGAUUUACAGGGAGUAUCUUUAUUGGAAGAGGAUCAAAGAAAAAUCCUCAUGGAGAUCACAAAGCAAACGUGGGGCUGAACCUGAAGUUUAAUAAGAAAAACGAAGAAGUUCCUGGCUAUACUAAGAAAGUCGGAAAUGAAUGGAUGUAUUCUUCUGCAGUAGAACAACUACUUGCUGAGUAUUUAGAAAGAGUUCCUGAGUUGUUUAAUUAUAUAGCCAAGAAUAGCCAGGAAGAUAUAUUCUAUGAAGAUGACAUUUGGCCUGGUGAGGAUGAGAAUGGGGCUGAGAAAGUUCAAGAAAUUGUUGCCUGGUUAAAGGCACAUCCUGUCUCUGCGUUAUCUCGCUCAUCUUGUGACUUGCAAAUUUUGGAUGCAGCCAUUGUUGAGAAAAUUGAAGAAGAAAUAGAGAAAUGCAAGCAAAGAAAGAGCAACAAGAAAGUGCGAGUAACUGUGAAACCCCAUUUGCUAUACAGACCUUUAGAACAACAGAAUGGGGUUGUUCCAGACAGAGAUGCGGAGUAUAAGCUGUUUGAUCGUGUUGUCAAUGUGAGAGAGAACUUUUCUGUUCCUGUUGGUCUUCGAGGUACCAUUAUAGGAAUUAAAGGAGCUAGUAGAGAAACAGAUGUUCUCUUCGAAGUUUUGUUUGAUGAAGAAUUCCUGGGAGGCCUAACUAUAAGGUGCUCACCCGCCAGAGGUUAUCGUCUGCCAUCAAGUGCCUUAAUUAACCUGUCUCAUGGUAGUCGGUCAGAAAUGGGAAAUCAAAAACUGACAGCCAUAGUUAAACCUCAGCCAGCCGCAAAUAACUACAACUCAUAUGCAUCUGAUCUGUCGUCUGUAUGCUCACAAAAAGUGCAUCUGGGAGGCCUCAACCAUUCUCCUCGCUCCCUUUUUGUUCCUACUCAACAACUGAAUGGAAGACAGCAUUACAAUCUCAGGGCUGAAAAUCAGGGUACCUCCAACUCACCCCACAAAGGAUCAUUUUUGAGUGGCAAUCAGAAAAACAAAGCACAAAGUAAGCAAGAUGAUGAAUUCUGCAGUAUAUGGCAAUCAUUGCAGGUUUCUGGGAAGUCUUACCACACUCAGCAAAACAUACAUGAGAAGGGUGCAGUUCUACCUCAGGAAAUCAAGCUGGGAACUAGUAAUCAGUUCUGUAAGCCAGUCUUCAAUGACAGCAGCUUUAAAGGUCAGCAAAGAAAACAGGAGCCAUAUAAAAAAUUUAAAGAAGAUUCCAAAGUGACAAGAGGUGAAAAUCAGCCCCAUAAUAAAGUACCAAACAAACAGAAUUUUGCAGGUGUAAAUAAAUAUAAUGUCAAACUUCUGAAGAGAAAUGAAAGUCCCAAUGUCACUCAGAAGGCAGCAGUUGAUGGUCCAUGUACAGGUGGAAAGAAGGACAAUGAUCUUGAAAGUCUUCUAGCUUCUUUGAAAAUUUCCAAAGAAAAUGAAGUGCAGACUUACUCCAAGGAAGCAAGAGCUACAAAUGAAGAACAUCUGUCACCACAAUCAUUUGCUAUGAAAGGAACACAGAUGCUCAAAGAAAUUUUAAAGAUAGACGGCUCUGAUGUGGAAAUGAGGAAUGAAGUGAAAUCCCAAGUUAGUGAUGUUCCUGCUCCCCCAAGUAGACAGGAUUGCCAUGGAGCUGCUUUGCAAUAUAGACAACCAAAAAAAAUGGCUGCUUAUAUGAACAAGCCUCAUAGUACUGGAGGCGUUCAGAAUACACCAGCACUAGAAACUGGAGCUCACCCUUUUGUCGGUCCACAGCCUGCAAUGUCUACUCCUGUUUCUGAACUUUCGCGUAUUUGUUCUCUUGUUGGAAUGUCGCAACCAGAUUUCUCUUUUGUAAAAACACCACAGACUAUGACAGUUUGUCACAUAAAAUUAUCAAAUGGAUUGUUGGUUCAUGGACCGCAGUGUCAUUCUGAAGCUGAAGCAAAGGAGAAAGCUGCUCUUUUUGCUUUACAGCGUUUGAGCUCUAUAGGAGUGAACUUCACUUUGCCUCCACCUCCCCCCCCACCUGUGUUUCCAAAUUAUCAGCCACUGGGAGUUCAUGUACCACCUGGACCUAUUCCUCCAGUCUUUACACAACCACCUGCUAAUAUGAUGCCUCCGUCAUCCCACAUGUUUGGUCCAGUGUCCUGGGGAGCUCCAGUGCCUAUUCAUGGCAAACAUUAUUAUCCUGGUUCCUAUCCAGGAAACAUGUCUCUUGCAGGAACUAUACCAGUUGGCUCUCACAACCAGUUCAUACCUCUGCAGGUAACUAAAAAAAGGGCUGCUAGCAAGAAAAACUUUGAGCUCAAGGAGUUUCAGAGUUCCCCUCAAGCUGCACCACUAAAGAAUGAACAGCCAGUGUCUUCUGACCACAUUCAGCAAGAUAGCUCUUCAGCUCCUUUAAAAUCUCCUCAAGCUGCUCAAUCCACUGUUUCAUUUCAAGACAAUGUGGCUACUCCAAGUGUUCCUCAUAACAAAUCAACACCAAACACUUCCAGCAAGCGAAAGCCAAGAAAGCUGGCUGUCAAUUUUGGCGCACCAAAAUCUUCAGAAUAAAUAUGGUAGCUAGGUGUAUUUUAUUUUUAACUCUUCCCCCACUGUUAUGUUAUAUCAUUUAAAAAAAUCAGAAAGCUCUAUUAAAAAGACCAGCCACUUUACAUUUAGUAUAGAACAAAAUACAUUUUAUUUGCUAUGAAUUUCAGGUUGUUACAAAAACAGAAAAUGAUGUUAAAACUUAAUUAUUUUGACUUAAAUCAGGAAAAGGCAGGAAAUGCUGAGUUAAGGUUACCAUACCAUCCAUUGUGCCUAGGUUUCUGAACAGUGGCUUACAGACUAUACUGGGUAAGCAGCAAUAACAGUGGCAACCUUAAUUCAGAAUCACUGUGCUUUUUGAGUGGGAUAUGGAGCAGUAAUAAGUUGGGCAUCAAACAUUGCUUAGUAUGACACUUUGUAUUCUAGCUUAUUUUUAAAUAGUGUAAUAAGAUAAAAAGGAAUAAAUAUUUUAAGUGCAGUUUUCAUAAUGGAUCUCCAGAUCCUGUUGAGCUGAAUUAAAACUUAGCUACAGCAGAACUGCCAAAUUCGCUGUAAUUAUGAACUGCUAGGUUUUAUGCCGGGGGCAACAAUUUUACAGCUUUCAAAAUUCAGGUAUUGUUAUAUCUCUGCAACACAGUGUCAAGAUGUGGUUGCUUAUGCAGAAUCCGUUCCAGGAGAUAUAUUUAUAGGAUGUAUUGAAUAAAAACAUAGUUACGAAGUAGAGACCUCACUGGUAAAGUACUUCUUUUCUAGUUUUUUUUUUUUAAGCUAGCAGCACUGACAAUUCGUUUGUUUUCUGGUGAUAAAUUAACAUGGAUAUCUACCUAGCCCCCUAAAAUGCCAGUGAUAUCCUGAAAUUUGAUAAGAUGAGUAGAGUUCAAAGAUGUCCAUUUGUGUAGUAUGGCUGUCAAAAUUACGCUUCCUCAUAGUCCUUCCCUCCAAUGUACCCUGAAACCUCCUAUAUGGUGUUUUUUUUUGUUGGUUUUUUUUUGUGGCUAGGUGACUUUUAGUAUUUAUUUUUGGUUAUGCGAUAGAAGUUCUAUGUAGCAAAACUGUCAUGUCAUUAUGUUAUUAGAAACUUAUUACAGUUAGUUCGAUAACAAAAAGUUGACUUUUGUUCUUGGAGGGAGCUAUGUCAUAAGAACUAAUUACAUUAUGUGUAGUUCAUGUAGAAAAAAAAGAAGGCUCAGAGGUACCUGUACUAUUUUUUUUUUUACCCACGUGUACUGUUCUUACAUUAACGAGAAUUCUUCAGUUUAAGAAUUUGAAGCCUCAGUUGGUGCUGUUUACUGACAUUUAUUAGAUUUCAUUUUUCGUAGUUCUAAUCUGUUUGAUGAAAAAUAUUUUUCCUUUAAAACCAGCAGUUUAGAAAUAAAUUACAUUCUUGUGAUUCAUUUUUAUUGCUUCUAAACAGGUUUCAUAUUGGAUCUGCAAGUCUGUAGACUUUCAGUUCAACUUUCACAUUAUUAUUUUAUGGGAUUUUUAAAUAUUAAUUUCUUCAAAAUGAGCAGUAAGCCCUAUAAAAAGGGUCAUAGAGGUAAAAACAGGGCCAAGAAAUUUUACUUCAUUUUACUUAGUAUUACAAGUCUUGUAGAAUAGUCUAUAUACAGUCUUAAAAAUGCAUUUAUUUUGUUGUUUUCUUUAUAUCCACGUAGUUUCAAGAAGUUUUAAAGCCAUGUUCCAUGAAGGACAAGUUGUAUAUUUUGGUGAUUUAUUGUCAUUAACAAUGUGAUACUGAUAGGAUGUUGACAUGCCGAUAUUUCAGAAGUGUUUAUAUGAAAUUUUGUUAUGAGAGACAGAUGUUAGUCCCCUGUAUCCUAUAUGGAUUGCCUGAUCAUCAGAGACAAGAUCUGUUCAGAAAUUACUGUGAUGGAGAUUAGAGUGCAUUAGAUUCUAAUGCAUCGCCUGAUCUUCCAGAUUGCAGUCUCCUUUAAACUUCACCACAGGUGUCAUCAUAAAAGACUAAGUCAUUAUGAUUGCUGAAGUGUUGUGGUUUUACUUCUGAAAUUAGAUUUAAAAUACAGAAUUUGGAUAUAGCUGGAUAGCCAAUUCAUGCAGAUUUAGGAAAAAAGGUUAUGAAGGACACUAUACCACUAAUACCAGUAAAAACAGCAAUUUUCAUUACUCACUUCCUAUUUUCAGACUAACACCUCCUCCCUCUCUUGUGGUAGAAUUGCUGUAUUUAAUAUAUGUAGCUGGUUAAACACUUAAUUUCCGUAGCUGCUGCAUAUUGUAUUAGUCCCUGGGUUUUAGUAUAUAUAUUCUGUGAAACUGACUGCCUGGUGCCCAGUUAAUUACAGUUCUACAUGUCCUGGUACAUGUGACAUCUGCAUUGACCUAUGCCAUGUCCCCUAUAAUUUCAGUUUUAUAUCUUAAUGAGGUGAUUGUUUAAUUCAUACAGGUAUAAAUUUAAGCAUUUGUUUUACUCAUAGAUAUAAAGUAUUUUGUAAGCACUGGAAUUUUUCAUUAGAUCUUAUACAGAGCAGUAUUUUACUAAAAAUCCAAAAGGGAAGACUUUUAUGUGCGCAUUUUUGUAGUUUCUGAUUUUUUUAAAAUAACUUUUCAUUGUUUAUCUGCCAAGUGAAAUGUUUUAAAUUUGCAUAUGAAUGGAUACAGAAUGUAUUUUUUGUGCUGUUUAGUGUUAGUGUGCAUUUGCAGAUUUUUAGCAUGUAGCUGCACAAAGGACUGUGCAAAGAUAUUUUAAAAUAUGAAUAUAUGAUACACUGAAGGAAAAACAUUCAUAAGAGUUAAAUGCUAUAUAAAACUUUAAUGCAAUAGAAUAAUUUUAUAAACUGUGUCUGUGUCUGCUUGGAUUAAAUAUUGAAAAAAAAAAUACUUAUUUCCACUGUUUUAUUUUCAAAUACUAUAUGGGAACGUCUGUAUGCUCCGAACCAAUAUUUUAAGAUACAAAUUCACGUAGCCCAAGUUUUGUGAUUCUCAGAAGCAGCGACUGCCCACCUCCUGUGAGCUAUUUCUUGAUGGCUUUCAACUACUAUUCAGUUAAAGAUACAUAAUUUCUUAAAAAGGCUGUUGGGCAGUUUCCAGUCAAAAGCGUUUAACUAGAUGGUGAUCUUCUGAAAAUUCUUUAGCACCUGUCACCUGUUAGAUUAAAAAUAAAAUAAAGCUCAGUAAAGGCAGUAAGGUUACUUUCUAGCAAGUUCACUCUUAGUGGUUCUUAUCAAGGUGUGAAGACAGCUGAAAAAUAGGAGGAAUCAUGGGUACCUGGAAGUAUUUGAUAACCUAAUGUGAAACCCUGUUGUGUAUCUGGAGCAAAAUAUUAUGCUGAUAUCUCUGCUAAAAUAGAGUAAGAAUAGGUACCUCAUUUGUAACAAGGCUUUUGACUGAGACAUAAUGGCAGACUGUACUAAGACAGUGUAAUAUGUUUAAAUUUCUUCGAGAAAGAAAUGGCAAAUUCUAUUUUGUAAUUAGAUUUCUCCAUAAUAAUAGCAGGUUUUUAAAACAACUGCCAAAUUAAUGUUAUUAGAUUUUAAUCUUACUUUAGAGAGGGUAAAUAAAAUAAAUCCCUUUGCUUUUGUA